AUGGCAGCUUCUGAGAACUUUAUGGAAGUCGAUCUUUGUUUUGUUAUGGAUUGUACCGGGUCUAUGGCAGGUCAUAUUGUUGCUGCUAAGAACUGUAUCCUUAAGGUGACAAAAUACAUGGAAGAGG